AGCUUCACACUCACACACCCUUCGAACCCUAGCCACGAACCGCGAGCCCCUCCUCUCGUGGUUUAUCCCGACUCGCCCAUUCCAACCAAUACCAAAGAGAGAGAAAAUAAAAAGAGAGAGAGAGAGAGACACACACACACACACGUCUAUUUGUGCUUUUUGAAGCAUUUUGAACUUGCAGAAGAGAGAGUCCGUACAUCUGAAACCCCUCCAAAACCAAAAAAAAAUAAAAAUUUUAGGGUUUUAUGCGUUGCCAAAGAAAUAGCUAUUCGGGUACUAGGGGUUAGAGUUCUGUAGCUUUGCUUUUGAAAUUCUGGUAUUCAUGCUCUGAAACGAUUCGUUUUGUUUGUGUGAAGUGAUUUUUUUUUUUUUUUUUUUGGGUGUGUUUAUGAGAUAUAGGGUUUCGUAUUUAAUGGAUGAGAUCUGGGAGCGAGCCGUGGAGACAGCGCUAGACGGCCAAACUGACCACGCCUCGGCUCGAACCCUAACCCUAGACGGCGCCGUGAAGUGCGUCCAAGGUCGGUUACCUCCGCCGAGCCUUUUGGAGAGGUUCCAGAACCUUCAGCAUCUCUCUAUUGCUAACAUCGGCGUUUCUUCGCUCGAGCAAUUUCCUAGGCUCCGGAACCUUCAGAAGUUGAUUCUCUCCGAUAAUCGGAUCGCUGGAGGCCUCGAGUUUCUCGUCGAAGCCGGGCUCGACUCGCUUCGGGACCUUGACUUGUCCAACAAUCGGAUUCAGUACAUCGAGGAUCUCGCUCCGCUUGCUCAGCUUAAGCUCGUUUCGCUUGAUCUGUAUGAGUGUCCGGUUACGCGUGUGAAGGAUUAUCGAUCUAGGGUUUUUGGAUUGAUCAAAUCGUUGAAGUAUUUGGAUAAGAUGGAUGCGGAGGAGAACGAGCGGCCUGAGAGUGAUGAUGAGGAGGAAGAUGAGGAGGACGAGGAGGAUGACCCUGGGAGCGGUGAAAUCGAUGGGGAGGAUCGACCGUUUGGAAUGAAUAAUGGGCACAGUGAAGGGGCUGAUGGAGUGGUUGAUGUGGAUGAGGAUGAAGAGAGCGAUGCUGAUGAGGAGGAGACGGAGACUGCUAGGAGAGUGAAUGGCUCGAGUCAUCAGGCGAACGGGUUUAGGGUUGAGCGUGUGGAGGGAGGGGAGGGUGGAGAGGACGAAGACGAGGGGGACGAUGAUGAAGACAAUGAGUCAGGGGAGGAAAUCGAUGAUGACGAUGAUGUGGUCGAGGUGCACGAGAUUGAUGAUAGUGAUGAUGAGGAAGAUGGGGUUGAGUAUGAGGAGGAGGACGAUGAGGAUGAUGAGGAUGAUGAGGAGGAUGAGGAAGAGGAAGUGGAUAAUGAUGAGGGGGACUUAGCAGAGCCCGAGAGUACGGGGCGGUUGACGAGCACGGAAGGUGAGAUUGAUGGGCACGAGCAGGGCGAGGAUGAUGAGGACGAUAAUGGUGAGACUGGGGAGGAGGUGCAGGGUGUUGAAGGAGGCGGGGAGUUUGAAGAGGAAGAAGAGGGUGAGGAGGAGGAAGAAGACUAUGGUGGAGGCUAUUUAGUUCAACCAGUGCCGCAGGUUGAGGAACACGAUGCUGGAGGUAGUGACCUGGAACCAGUAAAUGAAGAUGCUGCUGAUGCUGAGGAGGAAGAAGAAGUUGAAGACGAUGAAGAAGUUCAGGUUCUGCCUCCCUCUUCUUCACAGCUUAAGAGGAAAAGAGAUGAAGAUGUAGAGGAGGAUGAUAAUGGUGAGGAUGAUGAUGAGGACGAUGAUGUUGUUGAGUACAGCAAGUCAUCGAAGAAGCAUCAUUAGCCCUCUCUCUCUCUCUCUCUUUCUCUCUCACUUUCAAAUUGCCUAUGUUAAUGUUAUCAAUGUCUUCCAAAUAUGGAAACAGGGGAACCUCACAUUAGAUGAUAGAUUGGUUGGUAGUAUGGUAGUGAUUUUGGCCAUCUUGUUUUGGACAAAUAUAUAUUAGGGGAAGGAAAUGUAACUUGGGUGGCAUAUGUUUAGUUCAAAAAGUCGUUAGUCCUUUGUCCCCGUCAGUUAGUCUUAUAUAGCCGUUGCUCUCUGUUUUUCAAAUGGCAGUUAUGAGAGAUUCACCGCCUUUGGUCCCGUUUCAAAAGUGAAUUUUUAAGGGGACUAGUAGGAGGUGGAAAAAAGAAAAGAAAAAGAAAAUCCUGGAAUUUGUUUUUUUUUUUUUUUUUUUUAAUUUAUUUUGUUUGUCGGUCUAAGCAGAUUUUGUUUCCAAAAAGGGGGUUGUAAAACGCUUGUAGAUAGUUUCCAUCCUUUGAUGUUUUAUUCAUCAAUCAAGUGGGCUUUGCCAGUCUUUAUGACGUGUUCA